AUGGCAGUUGCAAGCAUAGUCACCCACCCUGGCAAGACCAGCCUGGAUUACUACAGGAAUGAUAGCACAGUGCUGACUCUGUAUGGAAACUCAGGGAAUGACACAGACUUCAUGUGUGACAGGAGGCAGGUCAGGCAGUUCGCUCAAGCCUUUCUGCCGGUGCUUUUCUGGCUCCUCUUCUCCGUGGGCACGAUGGGAAACGCCUUGGUCGUGCUUGUCUGUUGCAAAUACCGCUUCAGGAGGAGCAUGAUGGAUCGGUACCUGCUGCACCUGGCCAUUGCAGACCUGCUUCUCCUCUUCACCCUCCCCUUCUGGGCCAAGGCUGCCUUUGAUGGCUGGAUCUUCAAGAACUUCAUGUGCAAGAUUGUCAACAGCAUGUAUAAGAUCAACUUCUACAGCUGCAGCUUGUUUCUCACCUGCAUCAGCUUUGACAGAUACAUCACUAUUGUCCAGGCGAUGAAAGCUAAAACCUCCAAGCGCAGGCGGCUCCUGCGCAGCAAGCUCAUGUGCUGGGCUGUCUGGCUGAUGUCCGUGAGCCUGUGCCUCCCAGAAGUCAUGUACAGCCAAAGCCUGCAGGUGGGUGACACAUCGGUUUGCAAAAUUACAUACCCAUCAAACGUCAGCAUGAUCUUCAGAGUUACUGUCCUGGCCUUGAAAGUCUCAAUUGGAUUCUUCCUCCCACUCCUAGUCAUGGUUAUUUGUUACGCCCUUAUCAUCAACACCCUCCUGCAAGCCAAAAGAUCCCAAAAGCAGAAGUCACUCAAGAUCAUCACCAUGAUCAUCACUGCUUUCCUCCUCACUCAGUUCCCGUACAAUGUUAUUUUGCUGGUCAAAGCCAUCCACACCUACACCGGGGUGGUGCACAGCUGCCAGGCUGCCGACCGGCUGGACAUAGGGCUGCAGGUCACCCAGAGCAUCGCCUUCCUCCACAGCUGCCUCAACCCCUUCCUCUACGUCUUUGCCGGGGAGCGGUUCCGGACGGCGCUGGGCAGGUUGAUGCGAAGCGGCGGCUGCUGCUCGAAUGGGAGCCAAGAGCAGUUCUCCUCUGCUGCUGACACCCAGGAGCACAGCUCAAACUGGUCCUUUGCCAUGCUGGGCAGGCGGCGAGUGAGGAGCUCACUGACCCUCAGGACCCAUUUGACCUCCUCCUCUACGCCUCCCCCUUGCCAGGUCCUCUUGUAA